AUGCCCAGAAGAUACGAGCAGCUAAAAACUGCAUCCUUGGACGAACCCAAGCGUGAAUCAACACGAGCACCGAACAGGAUCACCUCUCUUCGCCUUGGCCUUUCAUUCAUCCUCAUCCUUGUACUGGCUUCGCUGACCGUCAUCCAGAUCAGACCCUCUACCUCCAAAAUUAUUUUCGGGGGCUCCGAGACACUUGCUGACUAUGAUGAAGAUAUCAAGAUCUGUGCAUCUAAUAUUCCGCCUCCUGCUCGCCCUCCAGCUCCAAUCAACCCAUGGGCCUCUCUUACCAUCGAUGAAAUGGUGGAAAUUCAAAAUUGGCUCCUGAGCACCCAAAUGAACCUAAACCUCACGCGAGGAGAUACAGCUCGGCCGUCCGAUAACUCCAUCUAUAUGAUACAGACAUACUAUCCUCCCAAGGCUGAUGUCCUCGAGUACUUCUCGUCUUUGGAUCCUCGUGACGCACCUGCAAGGUUUGCUCGGGUUACCAUUCACCAUGGUGGGGCCGUGGAGCCCGUGAUUAGAGAUUAUCUCGUCGGGCCGCUCCCAGUCACGCCAGCCACAGAGAUGACGCAUUUGGCAAAUAUUUAUCAUACCGAAACUCUUCCCUACAACGCAAGAGGAUAUGAUGCCCUUGACUGGAAUUUGCCCGAAAUCCACACCAAGAUAGCAGCUCCGCUGAUGGAUGCGUACAAGGCGAGUGGUUUGCCCAAUGGUACUAUUGUUGCCGGAGGUGCUGGGCCGUUCGGUUUCGACGGAUCAGUUCAGGCGCUUCUGGUUGAACUGGCAAAGAGACACGCCCGGAUUCUGGUUGCAUCCACUGAAUCUUUGGCAAUAUGUCGACUAUUUGACACAGCAGAAUCAUUCAUGGAUGCGUUUCAUAAUGGUACGCUCAAGCGUGUGCCUCCAGUAACAAAGCAAGAAGAAGAUCUUUCUUGGAGUACACGAGAACGUAUUGGUGCCUUACGCGACCUCGACAACCUUCCAGGACCUCGCUCUGUAUCUUUUGCUGGGUUGCGAUUUAGGGUUGAUUAUGACCUGCAAUACGUCAGUUGGAUGGGGUGGGGACUUUACCUAGGUUUCGAUCGCGACAUGGGACUAAACUUGUGGGAUAUACGCUUCCGAGGUGAGCGGAUCAUCUACGAGCUCAAGCCUCAAGAAGCAUUGGCACAAUACACCGGGAAUGAUCCGUAUAAGUCGAGCACUGCACUUCUAGAUUCAUACUUUGGCAUGGGGCAAUCGGUUCGCGACCUGCUUCCAGGAUAUGAUUGUCCAGAUGAGGCAAUUUACCUCCCAGCUACCACUUUUUCUGCGACUGGGAUGAUGUCUAGGAAGCGGGCAAUAUGUAUCUUUGAACAGGAUAGCGGACGUCCUAUAUCAAGACAUCUUGGUUUUGAGCAAAGUGAAUUCGGUGCCGUCAAAGGUUACCAGCUGGUCAUUAGGAGCGUUGCCACCGUUGGAAACUAUGAUUACUUGUUUGAAUAUAUCUUCCAUGUCGAUGGAACUAUCGAGGUUCGUGUAUCAGCAUCCGGAUACCUUUUAUCAGGGUUCUGGGAUGACGAGCAAGGAGCUUAUGGAAGCAAAAUCUGGAACACUACUCUCGGAAGCCUCCACGAUCAUGUCAUCAACUUCAAGGUUUUGAAAAUCUAUGGAGGAAUACAAAAUUCGCUGUUGAAAACAAGUCUUAGUCAGGAGGUCACCACCCAACCGUGGUUCGAUGACGAUUGGGGCGAAGAAGUGAUCCAACAAAAGAUCACCCGUGAAUACAUCGAUAACGAAGACGAAGCCCUGUUAAGAUUCCCCGCCAAUUUCCAAGGAGGUUAUACUAUUGUGAACACUAAUGAAACCAAUAAAUGGGGAAUUCCUAGAGGAUAUGCAAUUCACCCGGGAUACUCGCCGGUUCAUAAUACUGUCGUAGGAUCUAAGCGUCUGCUCAAGAAUGCCAACUGGGCGCGUUAUCACCUGGCGGUGUCCCGUCGCAAAGAUACGGAGCCCUCUUCCAGCAGCAUGUGGAACUUUAAUCUUCCAGGGGCUCCCCCUGUCGACUUCCACAACUUUUUCGACGGUGAAAAUAUCACUCAACAGGAUCUGGUGACCUGGAUUAACGUUGGGAUGCACCACCUACCUGCAUCAGAGGAUGUUCCGAAUACAAGGACUAAUACAGCCGCUUCGAGUUUCUUCCUGACACCUUUUAAUUAUUUCGACUACGAUGUGUCGAUCGAGUCUGCCAACGCCAUACUGCUUCAGCCUCCCAAGAAGCCAGGAGACCCGUUUUCUUAUGAUGAUUAUAAUGUUCGUCCAGCCCACUGCGUCCCGCAACCACCUGCCGCAUUCGAGUACUAUCCGGAACAGGUGUACGACCUGGAUGGGAAACCUGCACCUCCCUCAACGGUGGAAGAGAUGAGGAAGGCUUCUGAGCUUUACCUUCGUAUCAAGUUUGAGCUUUGACCACAGGAAUGCUAAGGAUCAUUUGAAUUAGCUUACCUUGUUUAUGUACCAUUUCGAAGAUUGUGUCCAUCCGUCGACGUCGGGACUCGAGAAACAGUGUCUCUUUCAAGAGAUUCAUG